AAAGGUAUAAAAAGAAACUAUUUUUUUAAUAUUAGAUUAUUUUUAACUUCCUUUUUAACCUUUUUUAAUACACAUUCAUGUCCUUGACCGCCAUAGCUACGAAAGAUCGUCGCAUCAGCCGUCGUAUCACCGUCAACUUAAACCAACAUUCUGUCAAUGUUCGCCCUGUCAUUAAAGGCGCUUUCGAAGAAGCCGCCUCUUCACUCACAGAAGCUUAUCUUAAAAACUCUAUUAUGGAAUGGUGUAUUCGUGGUCUUGACCGAAAUAAGCAUGAACAAUUCUUACACACUCUUUUCAAAAACAUGAUCAACCAAGCAUCACUUCAAAGUCGGGACUUUGCUAUUCAAGUAGACGGCUGUAAAGGCAUCUUGACUUGGACAAACAGCCCCAGCGGAUUUUCUUGGCCUCGCAUACUCGGCACAGCCAAGCUCGCUCGCUUAAUCGGCUGGACUUCUGCUUUGCGUGCUGUAACCAAAGUCGCUCCCUCGUGCGAUAAAAUGAAGCGCAAAAUAUUGGCUGAUUUCCCCCAAUACAUCACUAUCGGAUACGUAGGUGUCUUACCACAUGAACAGAACAAAGGUUAUGGCGCUGCUCUCGUUCGUUAUGUUCUUGAUAAAGCAGAUCAAGCAAAAUAUCCCGUCUAUCUCGAAGCCUCAGAUCCUGCAAGUGUCCGAUUCUUUGAAGGCUUUGGUUUCUCAGUGCAAGCCACAGUCUUUAUUGCAAACCGUCAAGAACUGCCAGUAGCAUUAAUGGUGCGCUCUCCGGUGGUUUCUGGAUCUCCCGAACGUCUUUCAAUCCGACCCGGAAGACGUGAUUCGGACAAUUCUGUCUAAGCAUUUCCUGUAUUAUACAUAUAUCCCUCCCCCUCCCCCAAUUUUUGUACAUAAAUAAAGUAUUACAUAAUCAUCUAGUAAAAAACGCAUGAAAUUUUUUAAAUGAUCGUUUUUUUAGUCAUUAACAGUGGAUGAUACUCAGAAUCAAUUCCCUUUCUGGGGAGGGUCUUGUAAAUGUAAAUAAAAUUUGCUUACUUUAAUAUAC